CAGAAAGGAAGAGAACGACUGAGGAAAACGUAGCUCUGUGAUUUUCAUCUGGGAAGUCAUGGCGUUGGAGGCUUACGCAUCAAGAAACCGCGACGAAGUUCAUACGGACGUGCUCUUCGAAGCUAGACAAGCUUGCUACAAGGCUCGCGAUGCUUUCUAUGCUUGUUUGGAGAAGGAGGCGGACAAGAAGCCGACCGAAAUCGGCUCAGUGGGACUCUUGUACCCGAAAGAAUGCAAACCCUCCAGGGAUGCGUAUGAAAAGAGUUGCCGUCUGUCUUGGGUGAAGCAUUUUGAUAGGCAGUACUGCAAGAACAAGAGGAUGCAAAGGUUGCUUGAUGAUAAAGAGACAAGGAGAGGGGUGUAAUGCUAUUCUUUGGCCCCUGAGGAGGAUAAAUUGAUCAUGGUGGUCAAUUUUGGUGAAUCUUGCUCUAUUCAAGUCAAGUGCGUGCUGUUCUUAAACAUGGAAUUUUUGCUGCAAAGUUAGUGAUUCUUUGUUUCCUUUAGUUUGUUGUUGAAUACUGGAAUUAAUUGAUAAUAGUCAUAACUAAUGUUGGAAUUGAUAUUCUGGUAACAUCCAUCUCUAUGUACUUUUCAUUCGUUUAACCUAUCUCAAUGCUUUCAUACUUUUCAGUUUGGCUUUGGCACGAUACUAAAAUGUCUAAUCCAUGUUUUUGAACAAAUAAAACAUUGCAGUUAUCGGCUUCCUAUGUAAUUGUGAUUAAGCUUUAGAGAGUCUGUUACUAAAUGUGUUUGGAGCAUCCUUUUUUUUUUUGUCUGUUAUCCAAAUAUUGGGUUUAAUAACAAGCCAGGAACGAAAUAGUGAUGGAUUGGUUGUGAAGAAAUUUUUACAUGUGAAGUGUCGAAGUACUUAGUUAUGCAAAAAGUUUUAAGUGCUGUGCUUCCUACAUUUUAUUUACUUAUUUUAUUUUGCUUAAUGUCGCAUCUCUCACGUCUCACCCUCAGUGGCUGAUGUAAGUAAAUAUAUUUUGUGAACAAAAACAUAUAAUCAGGCAGCAAUGAAAAAUCUGAAUGAAAUGUUAGUCCACAUUAGUCGCUAGCUCAGCCAGUGAGAUCAUUGCUAGGUGUUUUCUUUUUCGAGUUAGGAAGAUGAUUCGAGUUUAAAACAACUUGUAGGAACUGCAAGAUUCAUCUAACUAAAAUGAAAGAUAUACC